CAAUAUGAGGCACAGUAAUUACCAGAUCAAUGCUUUUGUAGAAGAUCGAAAAAGUUUUUUUUUUCAAAAAAUUCAUUCUUAUCUUUUUGUUCGAUACAAUUAACACAUUAAAAAAAUUUAACAUAAAAGAUGGCUGACACAGAGACAUUGGUAGAUAGUAAUAAAACGACUUGUGGGUUGAAGAAUUUGGAUAAAGCCAGUGUUUUUUUACAAGAUAAUCCCAGUGGAAAAGAUGAGAUAAAUCAAAACCUUUAUGUUGAAUUAAAGAAGAAACAAAGUCAAGUUGAUUUUUUAAAUUUACAAGAAGAUUAUAUUCGAGAUAGUCAAAAGAAUUUGAGAACUGAAUUAAUUCAUGCAAAAGCAGAAAUUCUUCGAAUUCGUAGUGUUCCCCUUGUGAUUGGUCAAUUUUUAGAAAUGAUUGAUGAAACACAUGGUAUUGCGGGAUCUACUGCCGGAUCCAAUUAUUAUGUGCGAGUUUUAUCUACCUUGAACAAAGAACUUUUAAAACCUUCCUGUUCCGUUGCUUUGCAUCGACAUUCUCACGCUGUUGUUGCUGUUUUACCUCCUGAAGCUGAUAGUUCUAUACAAAUGCUUUCCAUGUCGGAAAAACCUAAUGUGACUUAUGCGGACAUUGGAGGACUUGAUAUUCAAAAGCAAGAAAUUCGUGAAGCUGUGGAAUUGCCUCUCAUUUGUCCUGAACUAUACGAACAAAUCGGUAUUGAUCCACCAACUGGAGUUUUAUUAUAUGGGCCACCUGGAACAGGGAAAACUAUGCUAGCUAAAGCCGUAGCCAAUCAUACCACUGCUUCGUUCAUACGUGUUGUGGGAAGUGAAUUCGUACAAAAAUAUCUCGGUGAAGGUCCUCGCAUGGUGCGCGAUGUCUUUCGCUUAGCUCGUGAAAAUUCGCCUUCCAUUGUUUUCAUUGAUGAAGUGGAUGCGGUUGCGACAAAGCGUUUUGAUGCACAGACUGGCGCGGAUCGCGAAGUUCAACGUAUUUUACUCGAGCUUUUGAACCAAUUGGAUGGAUUUGAUAAAACGGUUUCUGUAAAGGUUAUUAUGGCUACCAAUAGAGCUGAUACUCUUGACCCAGCUCUUUUACGACCUGGGAGGCUUGAUCGUAAAAUAGAAUUCCCCCUGCCAGACAGACGCCAAAGACGUCUUAUAUUUCAGACUAUCACAUCUCAUAUGAGCUUAUCUCCCGAGGUUGAUCUUGAAGAUUUUGUUUCUCGUCCUGAAAAAGUCUCAGCUGCAGAUAUUGCUGCUAUAUGUCAAGAGGCUGGAAUGCAUGCCGUGCGAAAAAACAGAUGCGUAAUUUUGUCAGUUGAUUUUGAAAAAGGAUGGAAAUCACAUGUGAAACGCCAUAACAAAACUUUCAAUUUCUAUGGAGUAUAAUAAAACGAAAUAAAUUCAAUUUGUUUUGUAAAAACAUGCUAGUUAAAAACACUUGAUAAAUACUUCCAUAAGCUGUGUAUCAAAUUUUCCAUUAUGUCUCCUUUCUUUUUUUAAUUAUGAUUUGGAUACCUGAAUUCGACCGUGAAAAAUGAUUUUUUUAACAAAUAAAUCAAUACUAUGCUUGGCUCCCCACCUAACUGUCUUGAUUUAUAAACAAAUUAAAACAAAGUAUUGUUAUCAAAAAAGAAACUUGUUAAAAAAAGAUGGCUGAAGGAAAAAAAAAGAAAACAUUAAAUUCCCGUAACUUUUUUAUUAAUUUUUCCAUGUUUGGGAAUCUUUCGAAAUAUUAUUUUAUAAAACAAAUUUUGUGCUUAUUUAUAAUAUAAUGUUUGCUAUAGUCGAAUUUUCACUCGACAUACUCUCAUUCAACUUACACUCCAGUCAUAAAUAUUUCAUUAUUAGACAAGAAAAUUAAGUUAAAUGUUGAAAUUUAUUACCCUGUUCCCUCUCUUUGCUUACUAUCUUUUUGAUUCUUUUUUUGUCAAGGCUGAGAGUUCAGUAGCAGCGACGCAAUUCGGUCGUUCUCAUAUACGUGUUUUAUCUCCUCCAAGUUUAUCUCCACAUCAUGAUUCCAGCCGCUCGCGAUUACGUCAACUUGAGGAGCACAUGCUUAGAAACGGUUCAGACACUUCUUCCCAAAAAUGGGGUAUUUUUUGGACGCGGAAAUCCAAAAAAAAUGAAGAAGGUGGAUGUCUUUUAAACUAUAUACUUUCAAUUCCUUCGAACAUUAUAUCAAGCGUGCUCCCCUAUGGAAUUAUCGGAACAUUGUUUAACGCUGUAGACUAAACAAUGGUCGUUAUUCUUUCCUACCUCCCAGUGAAUGAUAUAGACAUAGUUAAAGUAUUUUUUUUCUCAACACUCAGUAGUGAUUUUAAGCAAAGAAUUUAUAUAACAUCAAAUAAAAAUGGUUCGUGCUUUUAUGCCUCUAUAUACAUUUUUUACAGAACUUUUGAGGACAUGUUAAACAUGCAAGAAUUAUAAAGUGUGACAUCCUAGUAAA